AUGUCGGUAUCUAUCUACAAAAGAUUUUCUCGAGAGUCUCAUGGUUUUAUGCAAUUUUAUAACUGCACGUUUAACUUGACUCUGUCAACACUACACCUGGUCUCCCUUCACCGUCCGGGUCGUUCCGCUUCCCCUGCCGCUCGCCCUCCUCCAAGGUCCCUGUUGCAGUUUUCUUUCAACCCCACCAGACGUGGGGAACAUCUCUGGAACCCUGGAGACGAUCGCCCGCGGAACCGAAGUCGCGCCUCCUCUGCGAGUUCUGAACUGCCACGAGAAGAAGGGAAGGACCUGGUCCGCUGGUUUUCAUCGGGACUGGAGCUCAGAGGAGCCUGGACCGCAGUAUUGAUGGAGGGUGGGACGGGAGGUCGAACCAGCAGCGCGCUUUUCGCGGGUUUCCGGGCUUUGGGGCUUUUUAGCAACGACAUUCCACACGUGGUGCGGUUCAGUGCUCUGAAGCGCCGAUUCUAUGUGACGACCUGCGUGGGCAAGAGCUUCCACACCUAUGACGUUCAGAAACUUAGUCUGGUGGCAGUAAGUAACUCUGUCCCACAGGAUAUCUGCUGUAUGGCAGCUGAUGGGAGGCUAGUCUUUGCUGCUUAUGGGAAUGUUUUCUCUGCAUUUGCCCGUAAUAAAGAGGUAGUACACACCUUUAAGGGUCAUAAAGCAGAAAUCCAUCUGUUGCAACCCUUUGGGGAUCACAUUAUCUCUGUUGAUACUGACAGCAUUCUUAUUAUUUGGCACAUAUAUUCAGAAGAGGAAUAUCUCCAAUUGACUUUUGAUAAAUCAGUAUUUAAAAUUUCUGCAAUUUUGCACCCAAGUACCUACUUGAAUAAAAUACUUCUUGGCAGUGAACAAGGAAGCCUACAGUUGUGGAAUGUAAAAUCCAAUAAGCUUCUGUAUACGUUUCUGGGAUGGAAAAUUGGAGUCACAGCUCUUCAGCAGGCACCAGCUGUGGAUGUUGUUGCUGUUGGUCUUAUGUCAGGUCAGGUUAUCAUUCACAACAUUAAAUUCGAUGAAACAUUAAUGAAGUUUCGUCAAGACUGGGGACCUAUUACUUCAAUUUCAUUUCGUACAGAUGGUCAUCCAAUAAUGGCAGCUGGAAGCCCAUGUGGCCAUAUUGGACUCUGGGAUCUAGAAGACAAAAAGUUAAUCAAUCAGAUGAGAAAUGCUCAUUCUACAGCGAUUGCCGGACUGACAUUUCUCCAUAGAGAGCCCCUUCUUGUCACAAAUGGUGCCGACAAUGCUCUGAGGAUAUGGAUAUUUGAUGGUCCUACAGGUGAAGGCCGGCUUUUGAGAUUCAGAAUGGGACAUGGUGCUCCUCUUACCAAAAUCAGAUAUUAUGGACAAAACGGACAGCAAAUUCUUAGUGCAAGUCAAGAUGGAACUCUUCAAUCAUUUUCCACAGUACAUGAAAAAUUUAACAAGAGUUUGGGACAUGGAUUAAUAAAUAAGAAGAGAGUCAAACGUAAAGGACUUCAGAAUGCCUUGUCAGUAAGGCUUCCACCCAUCACAAAAUUUGCAGCUGAGGAGGCUCGUGAAAGUGACUGGGAUAGUAUCAUUGCUUGCCAUCAAGGUAAACUGUCUUGUUCAACUUGGAACUAUCAGAGAUCUACCAUAGGCGCUUACUUUCUCAAGCCAAAAGAGCUGAAGACAGAUGACAUAACCGCAACAGCAGUAGAUAUAACUUCUUGUGGAAACUUUGCUGUAAUUGGUCUGUCAUCAGGAACUGUGGAUGUAUAUAAUAUGCAGUCUGGUAUUCAUCGAGGAAGUUUUGGCGAGGAUCAAGCUCAUAAAGGAUCUGUUAGAGGUGUUGCAGUGGAUGGCUUAAACCAGUUGACAAUUACAACUGGUAGUGAAGGAUUACUCAAGUUCUGGAACUUUAAAAACAAAAUUUUAAUACACUCUAUGAGCCUUGAUUCGUCUCCGAAUACGAUGCUGCUACAUAGAGACAGUGGCAUUCUGGGACUUGCCUUGGAUGACUUCUCCAUUAGUGUUCUGGAUAUUGAAACUAGGAAGAUUGUCAGAGAGUUUUCUGGACACCACGGCCAAAUAAAUGACCUGGCUUUCAGUCCUGAUGGUCGUUGGUUAAUAAGUGCUUCAAUGGAUUGCACUGUUAGAACUUGGGACCUUCCAUCUGGGUGCCUUAUAGACAGCUUUCUGUUGGACUCUGCUCCUCUCAAUGUUACUAUGUCCCCUACUGGAGACUUUCUGGCUACUUCCCACGUAGACCACCUUGGAAUUUAUCUUUGGUCCAAUGUUUCACUGUAUUCAGUUGUUUCACUACGCCCACUUCCCACAGAUUAUGUUCCUUCAGUAGUGAUGCUUCCUGGUACUUGUCAAACCCAAGAUGUGGAAUUAUCAGAAGAAACCAUAGAACCAAGUGAUGAAAUGAUAGAGUAUGAUUCCCCAGAACAGUUGAAUGAGCACUUGGUGACUCUGUCACUCCUCCCUGAAUCACGGUGGAAAAACCUUCUUAAUCUUGAUGUUAUUAAGAAAAAGAAUAAACCAAAGGAACCACCCAAAGUACCCAAAUCAGCACCAUUUUUUAUUCCAACAAUUCCUGGCCUUGUACCCAGAUAUGCUGCACCUGAACAAAAUAAUGAUCCCCAUCAGUCUAAAGUGGUGAAUCUUGGAAUUUUGGCUCAAAAAUCAGAUUUCUGCUUGAAACUUGAAGAAGGACUGGUAAAUAAUAAAUAUGAAGCUGCUCUUAACCUUCUGAAAGAAUUAGGCCCAUCAGGAAUUGAAACAGAGCUGCGCAGCUUGUCUCCUGACUGCGGUGGGUCUAUAGAAGUGAUGCAGAGCUUCUUAAAAAUGAUCGGGAUGAUGUUGGACAGGAAGCGUGAUUUUGACUUAGCCCAGGCAUAUCUUGCAUUGUUUCUAAAGUUACAUCUUAAAUUGCUUCCUUCAGAACCAGUACUUCUAGAAGAAUUGACAAAGUUGUCAUCACAAGUGGAAGAAAACUGGAUCCAUUUACAGUCACUCUUCAAUCAAAGCAUGUGUAUUUUAAAUUAUAUAAAAAGUGCUUUGUUAUAA